ACAGCCCCUCCCCUUCAUUCCUUGCAUCAUCUUCUCCUCCACUGGCUGGAAGAAAGAUCCCGUGGGUGCAUUAGAACAUCGACAAAUAUAGUAACACUGUUAACUGUUCGGUUUCAUCAUAUCUCGCCUCGCGUAUUGUUCGUGUCGAUCGAAGGCAAACGGGUGGCGUGUAAAACCUCCCCAGUGCCAGUAAAGCCCCAAGACCGGGCUGCAGAGGAACGGAACGACCCCAGGGAGAAACCACCGUACCAAACUAGGGACAGAUAGCGCUGCCGACCUCGUCGAAGUUGUAGACCGCAUUGGCCCCUGCUUCGAAGUCAACCUCCCCCGAUUGAAGUGCAAAACCAACAAAAGAAACCAAAAAUCCCACCACCACCAACCCGCCGCCCUAUCAACCGAGCCGUAAGAAAGCGCGUAAUCGAACCUUUCGAGCACGCACACACGCGCUAAGCAAUAGCAACAAGCAACAAGUUCGAUAACAGCAAGAGCCGCAGCCGAACCCAGCCUGCUUAGAGGGAAGAAACAAAACAAAAAAUGGCGAAGAAAACAUACGACCUGCUGUUCAAGCUGCUGCUGAUCGGCGACUCCGGCGUGGGGAAAACCUGCAUCCUGUUUCGCUUUUCCGACGACGCGUUCACGUCCACCUUCAUCUCGACCAUCGGAAUUGACUUUAAAAUCAAAACCAUCGAGCUGCGGGGCAAGAAAAUAAAGCUACAGAUCUGGGACACGGCGGGACAGGAACGGUUUCAUACGAUCACCACCUCCUACUACCGCGGCGCGAUGGGCAUCAUGCUGGUGUACGACAUAACGAACGAGAAAAGCUUUGACAAUAUAGUGAAAUGGUUGCGAAAUAUAGACGAGCACGCCAACGAGGACGUGGAAAAGAUGAUCCUCGGCAACAAGUGCGACAUGGCGGACAAGCGUGCGGUGCGCAAAGAGAGGGGCGAAAAUAUUGCCCGCGAACAUGACAUCCGCUUUAUGGAAACGUCCGCCAAAGCGAACACGAACAUCGAGCUGGCGUUCCGCGAGCUGGCCGAAGCCAUCCUGGACAAGGUGGCCGGCAAGGAGACGACCGACAACCCGGACCGGGUGGUCGUGAACAGGAGCACCGGCGAGCGGUUACCCGCCUACAAGGCCUGCUGCACGUAGUGUGCUUAAGCCAUCCAUGCCGUCGCCCCCAUCCCCCUGCUUUUCGUUCCACCCGCACCCCUCCUUUCCCUUGCCGCGCAGUAUGGCGCGUGUGUCGUUCCUAAGUGUGUAUCGUCGCGGCGCCCUGGCAGCCCAACAGCCCCGACACCACACCAACCCGGCACGGUUUACUUCCCCUCUGCACUCUAUCGCAGACCAUGGUGCGGGUGGAGGGGGGGGGGGGAGCAAAGGGGGAGCAACCGGGUGUGUACACGAGAGUCCCGCGAACCCCUUGUCGCGUUUCGGUGCCGUGCUUCGUUUUUUAUUUUUGUUUUCUUUGUUGCGUUUAAGAUUUCGAGCUCUGCAGCAGCGCCUGGGCCUAGUAGGACGGUGCACGGGGCAAAAACCAAACACCGUGAAAUGAAAUUAGUAGCAGAUAUUGUAAGAUUAGUUCUGACUGGCGGUGCACUCAAAAGGGCACUUGUUUGUGUGCAUAUGUGUGGGUGGGGGCUAGGAGGCGCUAGUGCGCAUUAUUUACGGCAAACACACAACUAUCAUUCACAAUUAGAUUUCCCGCGGCGUGUGUGCUCUGUCUGUUUUAGUCUGUUUAGUAGUGGUGGAGCGUUCACCACCGGGCGAGAGGGAGACCGAGUAGGAAAUAGUGCCGUAGGGUGCGAGAUGUAAAAUCAAACCGCGUGAAUGUACGUGUUGCGCAGGAGGGGGUCUGGGGGCCGUAUUUCAUUACCGUUUAGCGUUUAGACCAAUUUGAGAUUUAGCGUUCGCGUGCGCGAGAGACGGGCUGUGCGGCCCGUUUUGUUUUUAAUUUCCUCACCCCCAUCACCACAUUAAUUUUCAUUUUCGGUAUGAGUUACGGGCCAGUGCGACUCGUGCCGUGUUUAGCUUUAGUUACAUUUUUUGUUUGUUUGUUUUCGAGAUUUAGCUAAAUGAGAAAGAUGGCAAAUAGUAGACACGUGCGCCGAUGUAUCGCUUAGUGGGGAGCAUUGUAACGGCUCUUCUGUUGCGAUUUUAUUUUUCUCGUUCCUUCUUUUAACUAAACGAACUGUAUCGAAUGGGUUUCUGUUUGGAUCGUUUUAUUAAAUUGUUUCCCCACAACAACCACAAAAAAAAAACAAACAAACCCAACAUAAAACCACACAGAUACACAAACACACACACACAUAUUUUAAUGAUAUAACCUUUGAUUUCGUAGUAUAUUUAGCAAACGCUCACUCCCGCCCCACAAACAAACACGGCUUUUGUAGGAAGGCGUUAGGCGAAACAAAGCAAAAACUACCCACAAGGGGCAACAAAGGGGAGGGGGGGGGGGGGUAACGAAGUAGUGUUGCCGUUGGCCAGCUUUAAGUUUUACGCGUGAGGGCUCCCGUUGCCGACUGUCCACGCGGCGGCGGUUUCGGGCAGCGCAGUUGCAUUAGUUUGAUGGUCGAUCCAUGAAAAAUCCCUUUAAUAUGGCGCUCCCGGUAACGGCUUGUUGUGUAAUUAGGUUGCAAGCAGGUGGGGCGCAAAACCACCGGUGAGGGGAGAGAAAGAAUAUGCACCGCGACAAACAAACAAACAAAACAAAUCAAACAAAUCAAAAGCCCGAAGCUUUAAGCCAAGCGAGCCAGCUUAUUUCAAUUUUUCUGUUGUGAUGAGUACGAAGUUACGUUAAGCUAAUGAUUUGCAGUUAGUAGAGGAAAAGAGAAGGAAGAGAGAGAGAUAGAGAUAGAGAGAGAGAGAGAGAGAGAGAGAGAGAGAGAGAGAGAGAGAGAGAGAGAGAGAGAGAGAGAGAGAGAGAGAGAGAGAG